CCUCCCCGAGACUCGUUGGCCAACAUUGACAACCAUCCUUUAAGAUAUCAUAGAAUCCCUCAAGAACAAGCACUUGGAUGAAUAGCUCCGGCGUCUCUUCCUCAGUUGAGCAUCUUUGGCAAUGGAUGAAUUGGAGAAACCUUUGCUUCAUCCCGAGAAUUUUAGUCGGGAGACUAUUGAUUUGGAGAGACUACCACUGGAUGAAGUAUUUAGGUUACUGAGAACUUCACAAGAUGGUCUUUCAAGUGCCGAUGCUGAAGCAAGGUUGUCGCUUUUUGGGCCAAACAAACUGGAGGAGAAGCCGGAGAACAAAGUUUUGAAGUUUCUCGGUUUCAUGUGGAAUCCUUUGUCAUGGGUCAUGGAAGCUGCAGCAUUGAUGGCAAUUGUUCUUGCAAAUGGUGGAGGUGAGGGUCCGGAUUGGCAAGACUUUGUGGGGAUUGUUUGCUUGCUGAUUCUCAAUUCAACAAUAAGUUUCAUUGAGGAAAACAAUGCUGGUAAUGCCGCUGCAGCGCUUAUGGCUCACCUAGCGCCAAAAGCAAAGGUUCUCAGAGAUGGCCAAUGGCAAGAACAAGAUGCUUCUAUUCUUGCACCAGGUGAUAUUAUUAGCAUUAAACUUGGUGAUAUUAUACCGGCAGAUGCCCGCUUGCUUGAUGGAGAUCCUCUGAAGAUUGAUCAGUCAGCUCUUACUGGUGAAUCUCUUCCCGUGACAAAGAAGACAGGUGAUCAGGUAUUCUCUGGUUCAACGUGUAAACAUGGAGAAAUCCAAGCUGUUGUGAUUGCAACUGGUGUUCACACUUUCUUUGGAAAAGCAGCACAUUUAGUUGAUUCUACUGAAGUUGUUGGUCAUUUUCAGAAGGUUCUUACUUCCAUUGGGAAUUUCUGUAUAUGCUCAAUAGCGAUCGGAAUGAUUCUCGAAAUCAUUGUCAUGUUUCCCAUCCAGCAUCGUUCAUACAGAGAUGGAAUUAACAACCUCCUUGUUCUCUUAAUCGGAGGAAUCCCUAUUGCCAUGCCUACUGUUCUAUCAGUUACUUUGGCAAUCGGUUCUCAUCGUCUUUCACAGCAGGGUGCAAUUACCAAAAGGAUGACAGCCAUUGAAGAGAUGGCUGGUAUGGAUGUUCUCUGCAGUGAUAAAACUGGAACACUGACACUAAAUCGCCUUACUGUGGACAAGAAUCUCAUUGAGGUGUUCAACAAGGACAUGGAUCGAGACAUGGUUGUCUUGCUUGCCGCUAGAGCUUCGAGGAUGGAAAACCAGGAUGCAAUUGAUACUGCCAUUGUUAACAUGCUCUCUGAUCCAAGAGAGGCACGAGCAAACAUCACCGAAGUGCAUUUCCUGCCUUUCAAUCCUGUUGAUAAACGGACAGCAAUCACAUACUUUGAUUCUGAUGGUAACUGGUAUAGAGCUAGCAAAGGAGCUCCAGAACAGAUUCUAAAUAUGUGCCAUGAAAAGCAUGAAAUUGCUGCAAGAGUUCACGAGAUUAUUGAAAGGUUUGCUGAACGAGGUCUGCGUUCACUUGGGGUUGCUUAUCAGUCUGUUCCUGAGAGAUCAAAAGAAAGCGUGGGAGGUCCCUGGAUUUUCUGCGGUUUGUUGCCAUUAUUUGAUCCUCCAAGACAUGACAGUGCUGAAACAAUUCGCAAAGCUCUAAAUCUAGGUGUAUGUGUCAAGAUGAUUACAGGCGAUCAACUAUCUAUUGCAAAGGAGACUGGCCGACGUCUUGGCAUGGGAACAAACAUGUACCCUUCUUCAUCAUUAUUGGGUCACAACAAAGAUGAGCAUGAAGCACUUCCUGUAGAUGAGCUUAUCGAGAAGGCCGAUGGCUUUGCUGGAGUAUUCCCUGAACAUAAGUAUGAGAUUGUGAAAAUUCUUCAAGAAAAGAAACAUAUAUGCGGGAUGACUGGGGAUGGAGUCAAUGAUGCCCCUGCUCUAAAGAAAGCUGACAUUGGAAUAGCGGUAUCAGAUGCUACAGAUGCCACCAGGAGUGCUGCAGAUAUAGUCCUCACAGAGCCGGGACUAGGUGUUAUUAUCAGUGCCGUCUUGACAAGCAGAGCAAUUUUUCAAAGAAUGAAGAACUACACAAUAUAUGCUGUGUCCAUAACCAUUAGGAUUGUGCUUGGUUUUGUGCUUCUUGCAUUGAUUUGGGAGUAUGACUUCCCUCCCUUCAUGGUUUUGAUUAUAGCUAUACUAAAUGACGGAACGAUAAUGACUAUAUCCAAGGACCGAGUGAAGCCGUCUCCAAGACCAGACAGUUGGAAGCUCAAAGAGAUAUUUGCGACAGGGAUUGUCAUAGGAACUUACCUUGCUCUUGUUACAGUCCUAUUCUAUUGGUCUAUCAGAAAAACCAAUUUCUAUGAGACUCACUUUCAUGUGAGAUCUCUCAACAACAAUGAAGAGGAGAUUUCGUCUGCUAUAUACCUGCAAGUUAGCAUCAUCAGUCAGGCUCUUAUUUUUGUUACAAGAAGUCAGAGCUGGUCGUUCAUGGAAAGACCUGGUACUCUCCUAAUGUGUGCAUUUGUUGUUGCACAAAUGGUGGCAACUCUGAUUGCUGUCUAUGCACAUAUAAGCUUUGCUUCAAUUCGAGGCAUUGGUUGGGGGUGGGCAGGUGUUAUCUGGAUUUAUAGUCUUAUAUUCUACAUUCCCCUAGAUGUGAUAAAGUUUGCCGUUAGAUAUGCUCUAAGCGGAGAAGCAUGGGAUUUGAUAUUCGAUAGGAAGACAGCAUUUACUUUGAAGAAAGAUUAUGGGAAGGAAGAGAGGGAGGCUAAAUGGGUGCGUUCACAGCAAAAUUUAGCAACCCAGACAUCUUUUCACUUCGAGAUCAAUGGGAGGAGAUCAUCUAUGAUUGCUGAACAGGCCAAAAGAAGAGCCGAAAUUGCCAGAUUAGGAGAAAUACACACUUUAAGAGGACAUGUAGAAUCUGUUGUGAAGCUGAAGAAUUUGGAUUUGAAUGUUAUUCAAGCAGCUCAUACAGUUUGAUGUUCAUGAAAUUUGGAGAGAUAUUCAAUCUGAUCAUCAGGAUUUGAAUCAGUGUCCUAUCUUAUGCAUUCUUUUCUGAAAUUGGGCUUGGAAGAGUCCUUUUGUUUAAAUAUCACAUUGAUACUUCCACUGAGUUCAUGUAAUCCAAAGUUUUGGUAAGAAAGUCUUGAGAGUUGAUUGAACCUUUGUGACAUUACUGUUACUUUAAUAAAAAUUUUGAAAGUCUGAACUAAAUUAUAUA